AUGACACAAUUUACAUCAAAUUUCAAUUAUGUUAAGUCUCUGCCAACUGAUUCAAAUGACAAUACAAAAACUAAAGAGUUGGAAAUAUUAGUUAAAAACAUCGAAAAAGUCGUUGAUGAUAUGAAAAAAGAAGUCAAAUCACAUCAUUCGGUGCCGAAAAAGUUGUUCAAUGAAUUAUUUACUACUCUCGGAUGUCUACAAGAAACAUUGAAUUCAAACAGAUUAAACAUUUGUUACUGUCUUGGUGAUACUAAUGCAGAUAAAUCAAGUUUAAUCAAUAGCAUCGGUGAAAAAGAAGUAUACAAAGUUAGCAAUGAUCAAAUGACUGGUACAGAAAAUUUUCAAGUUAUACCUGUAGCAGAAGUGAACGCUACUUUCGUUGAUAUAAUAAAAUUUGAUUUACAAACAGAUGAUCCUGAUUUGGUAGAAAGAUAUAAUGAGCAAAUGCAAACAGAUUUGUUUCCUGAUGCUGUCAUUUUGGUUGUCACAAAAGAAGAACUAAACAAUAUAACGUCUCUGAAGAACAUUAUAGAUGACGUCAAUAAUGUUCUAAAUUGGAUGAAAAGAGAAUCUUACGAUACUGAGAUACCUGUUAUAUGUGUACUCAAUAAAAUCGAUGAAUAUUUCGAUAAUCAAUUGCCUAGCUCGGAUACUGAUGUAAAAAAAGUCGAAGAAUACACUAGAAAAGCUUUAGAAUUAGUAAAUAAGUAUUUGAUUAUUCCAAGUACUAAAUGUAUUCCUGUAUCAACUACGAAAAAUUAUGGUAUCAAUCAAGUUCGAUUAAAUAUUAAUGCUGUAUCACCACUAAAUGCACAAAUUAUUGAUAAAAAUCUUGAUUAUAUUAGUCAAUAUCGACAAUCAAUUGCCAAUAAAAUUAUUGCUGCUUUUUCUACAGCUUCAGCAGCCGUAUCACUUCUUCCUAUUGCCGAUAUUAUAAUUAUAAAUUUUUUUCAAGAAUGGAUGUAUCGAAUGUUGGCUUGUUUUUCAGUUGAUCCCAAUCGAACACCAAACUCGUUCAAAGCAGUAAAUCGUAUUCACCAAGGAGUAAGUAUAGCAAUUCGUACUGGUUCACUUUUCAUUGCGGAUAUAUUUCAAUUAACUAUUGUUGGCUAUUCGAUCGGUUCAGGUAUUUGUGUAUUCGCAGGUGCAAUGGCAACAACUUCUCUUGGAUGGUCAUGUUAUUUUUAUUUUAUUGACUAG